CGUCUUGCGACUCAAAAUCAUCCAGGCGCGUAGUCAAUGCUGGCUAUUGGCUAGAUCUAACUCCUUGGCCACAAUGAUUAUUCUACCAGCCAAAAAGCAAUUACCCAUAUAUCCAUCUCGACGAUUGUCUUCUCCGUAAGUAGUGCUAGUUCCUACUUCCCCCGAAUCUAGGUGCCCAGUGAACCAGUUCAAACUUCAAGGCCUAGCAUAAUGCUCCUUCUCGUCUUUGUGUUCCUCACGACAAUCCCCUUGGCUUCUUCCCAGUUCUCCAAUCCGCCCCCCAAGCGGACAGUCUGGAGUCUUGGUGAGGUCCAAACAAUUCGAUACAGAACGACAUUCUCGAACUACACCAUUGCUCUUUGGCAGCAGUCAUUGCAGAAAGGUGCAGCGUCGUUAGGGCCCAUAAUUUUCCAAACAACAACUGGUGGUAUCUCCCAGUUUGACUGGCCGGUCCAGACAUACGACCUCGACUUGAAUGCCUCCAAUGUCUUCUUCCUCUGGCUGUUCCAGGGAGCUGCCUCCAACCAGGGGAACCAGUCGAGUCCGGGAAUGUCCUCGGCCUUCUUCAACCUUACGGCAGACUCUACAACAGGCUCUACGACAAGUUCUACAACAAGCCCUACCACAAGCUCUACCACAAGCCCUACAGCAGCCUCGCCAUUCACGUCAGCCGUAACCUCACGCAACUCAACUGCAAAUGCGACUGCGGCCGGUGGUGAUACCAGUGCGACCGGUAUCCGUACCUCGGAAGACAGCAGCGGGCUCAGCACCGGGGCUCGAGCCGGGAUUGGAGUUGGCGUUACUAUCGGAGGACUCGCCGCCAUUGCGUGCGUUGUCAUAUGGUUCAGGUAUCUCAACAAAAAGCAGAGGGCACUUACCGAAUUGACCGAGAGAGUUUCUCAAUUACCGCAAGGAAUGAAGGAACAGCCUCCACCGCCAAUCCCAUACUAUGCCCAAGAGAUUGGUCCUGGGCACCGCCACCUGGGGCCUGCAGAGUUAGGGUGAUCUCUGCUGGAACAAUAAGUAUGGUAGUGGCGCGGAACACCUAGGAAAGCCUGUGCUUGUUUUACAAUAUACCACUAUUCUCUUUGCUGUGAUCACCAUUCUUGCCUAUUUCGCUGGGAUUUUUUCUUUACUUUUUGGCGACUCCGUCACUUACAGGAAUGCGACGCCCCCUGCCCACCGGAUCACCGGUAGGAUACCCGCGGCCCGUUCCACUAGGCACUAGUGUAGGCAGCCCUUGGCGCUAUGUAGUCAGCCGCACAGCUCCCAUACCCUCAAAGUUGGAAUCG